UUUCCCCCAGACUUGUAAACACGUGUAUCGGAGUCGCAUAUGUUCCUGUCGGCCCACGGAGAAAUUUCAGCAUCUAGUAUAACAUUCUUUCUAGUACAUUCUUGAAAUGGCAAAAAGUCUAAGAAGCAAAUGGAGAAGGAAGAUGCGGGCAGAGAAGAGAAAGAAAAAUGCUCCCAAAGAAUUGGCCCGACUCAAACAAGCUUUAAGUAAGGAUAAUAAAGGAGAGGCUGUCAUGACAGACAUGCAGGAGAUUGCCACUGUGGUGCCAGCCGACAAGAUCAAGAAACAGUCCGAUGUUGAAAUGGAAGAGGAACAGGGAGAUGAUGGAAGAAUGGAAAUGGACAGCAAACGCAACAAGAAAACUCUGUUGAAUGAACAUGGACAGUACCCUGCAUGGAUGAGCCAACGACAGGCCAAGAAAAUGAAAGGCAAACGGACGGCUAAGAAAGGUGCAUCAGGCAAAAAGAAGAAGGGCAUUGCCUGGUGAAACAGGAGAAACUACCAUAAGAACUAAGACCUUUACUUUGCCUUCAAGACUUUUGAUGCUGAACCCUUGGAUCAUUUCAAGUGUUCUUUAUUUUUACAUGAUAAAGUCAACUCUGCUGUUGACUCUCAUUCUGGUCAGCGGAUUACAAUAUGGUUAUACAAAAGAACCUGCUUCUGUUCAUUAAUUCACUGCAGGAAAAUGUUUGCUCUUAUGGAGCAACAACUCCGCUGUGGAUUCAGGAUAUGUUGAAAGAGAGUGAGACCUGUGCAAAAAUGUGUGUUGCUUAGCAGUGAAAGUGAGAAAAGGUUGGAACUUUCCACAUUCAUCAAAACAUUAAUUUACAGUCUUGCUCUGUUGAAUAUAUUUUGGUAUAUUUCUUUAGAUGUUUUAUUUCACAAUGUAAAUGACAGUACAAUAAAAAAUUAUAGCCCUCAAA